AUGCACCUUGAAACGAUCAUUUAUACUGGCCUACUCGGCCUCCAAGGUCUGGUUGCGGCCAGGUCGGUAUCCAACACAGAUGCUCAUGUCAGCUUGGAUGCCAGAGGCGACCUGUCGACUCGAGGUGUCGACUGGCGCGGCAAGCCAAAGAUCGGACUGCGCGACAUCACCAAAUACCGCCAGCUCCGGGGCCCACACGCGAGCGUGCAGUACGAUUCCGACGAUGUCGAUACGAAACAGUCAGAGGUUUACCUGGCUCAUACCAGAAGCAUCCGCGGCUGGCUCCUUCUGAAAGUCUAUCGACAAGAGCAUUUCCUAGAGAACGAAGUCGAUAUUUACAAGGGACUCGAGGGAAAACCGAUUGCACCUGAGUUCAAGGCACUUGUCACUGACGGCGGGAAAGUGGUCGGCAUCCUUCUCAAGUUUAUUGAGAGCGCAAUCGAGCCCAAUAUGCCGCAAGCGAAUAUUUGUCGGAACAAAUUGAAUGCUCUACACGCUCAGGGGAUUGUCUUAGGGGAAGACUUCAAGACAGAUAAUUUCCUUGUGAGGGGAAAUGAUGUCUGGAUCAUCGACUUUGAGGAAUCGGCCUACGCAUCUGAUGAUGAUGAGUUUGAGGAAGAUAGUGAGAGGUUUGAAUGUGCAUUUGGUACAUGGUAG